GACAAACUGUCAAGUCAAAUUAGAAGAAGACAAAACCAUGAGGUUUUAGUUUGUGAGUUAGGUAUAAAUUCUCGUUGAAUAUUUUAAAUUAAGUGCACUGAUUUAAAUAUUAAUUUAGAAUAAAAAGUAAUUAUGACGAGAUUUGCUCGGGCAAAGGGUUCUAAGGCAUCCAACGAAAAGGCUCCUGAGGAUAGCACACCAUGGGAAGUCAUGAAAGAACAGCUUUUGAAGGCUAAAAAGGAAAAAGAAGAAUCUAAGAAUAGGCAAGAGGCUGAACAACAAAGAAUUCAAAACUAUGAGAAUUUCUUAAAAGAACAAAAGGUGCAGAAACGUAAGGCAACUUGGUGCGACUUCCCUGAAGCUCAAACAGAUAAUUCAGAUGUGAAAAAAAGGAAUAAGAAUCAAUCUACUUCCAAUUUUACAGAGGGUGACAGAAAUACCACAAAUGGUGAAAAGGUGGAAGUCCCACCAAAAAAGAAGAAGAAAAACAAAACGAUCAAUAUGCCAGAACAGGCAAUAGAAGUUGAGACAACAGCAAUUACAAGCGAAGAUAUUACUUCCACAAAAAAGAAAAAAAAGAAUAAGAAUAAAAACAAAGGGAAUGAUAAUAACACACAACAAAACCCAGGCAAUACUAGCAAUGAUACUAAUACAAUAGAUAAUAUAGAAAUCCCAUGUAAUAAAACAAAAAGCAAUCAAGCUUCUUCACAAACAAACAGACAUCAAUCCAAAACUGACUUCCAAAAUAAUCAUAACUUCAAAAAUAACAAGCCUGCGAAGAAAAAGCAAAAUAAAAUAGUCAAUGGUCAGCCACAACGGAGAAAAGAUAUAAACGAUAAAAGCUUCCAGAUUAUAAUUAAUGGCAAAGAGGUUGAGCUGGAGAGAGUUGAUGGCUUCCCAGUGAUGAAGAAGGAUGCUGAGCGUUUGAAUGAAUUGAGGGAAAAUAUGGUUAAGAAAGGCAUACCUAAAAGUGAAAUACAGAGGACCCUAAAAUUGGAACGCAGACGAGCUGAGAAGGCUUUAGCAAGGGUGCGGAAAGAAGUUUGUUACAAUUGCAGAAAGGGAGGCCACAACUUGUCAGAUUGUCCUGACUUGAAGAAUAAGAUACCUGGGGUAGAGGCUGGUGAAGGCAUUUGUUUUAAAUGUGGGUCAACAGAACACAGGCAAUUUGAGUGCAAAGUGCAAAGAGAUAAAGAAUUCAGAUUUGCCACAUGUUUUAUUUGCAAAGAACCAGGUCACAUUGCCAGACAAUGUCCAGAUAAUCCGAAGGGCUUGUAUCCUAAUGGAGGUGGCUGCAAACUGUGUGGGGACGUCACCCACUUGAGGAAAGACUGCCCUACGGCUUCUGACAAAAAGGAAGAGAAAUCAAUAAAGUUAUCAACAUUGGAGAGCAAUGAUAACGUGGAAGGAAUACAGCAAGACCCGAAGAAAGUUGAUUCCAGUGAACCAGCCAAGAAAGUGAAGAAGAUUAAGUUUUAAAUGUUUAUACAAAUAAAACCAUUUUAAUAAUA